AUGACAUCAUUGCCAUGGCAGAAGGACAAAUACCAGAAGUACCUCUUCAAGAGGAAACAGGAGCUGGCUUAUAUUAAGGCCCAGGCAACCGCCAGAAGGGCCCUUCGUAUUGGGGCCCUGUUGGAGCGGAGGACCCCCAGACCCAAGCCCGUAGUCCCGGUACCAAAUAUUGGGGCUCCCGAUGCCAGCACUUCGGGUUCUGUAGCCAGGCCCAUGGAUGAACUUUUGGCUACUCUUGCUGGAGCCCACAGUCCUGAUGCUUCCUCGCCUCCUGCUGCUUCUCAGUUGGUCACUCCCGGGGGGUCCUCCUCCAAUGCCCCUUCAGGCACUAUUGUCUUGGUGGACGAGGAGGAGGUUCUUGAGGAAGUUGAAGAAGGUGAAGAAGAGCAGUCGGCCGCCCUCGAGCACAAGCGCAAGGGCAAGAUGGUGGAGGAGGAGCCUUUGAAGCGGCCCCGUAGGGUGGACACUCCGGCCCCGAGCCAUGACUCCGGGAUUCCUUCCGAGGUGGAGGAAUACACUAUGCCUCACGACAUAGUGUUGACUCCGAUCCCGGGAGAUGAGGAGAGGCAGAAUCUUCAGAUAGCCAAAUACAACUACUCCCUCGAUGAGUACAGCCGGGGGCAUGCUGAGGUGGAGGCCCUGAAGAGAAUCUUACGGGAGGAGCAGCAAAAUACCCUCAACGAGGAGGCCUUCCAGAAUCCGUGGGACCUGAACAUGGACCCGCUGACGGACUGGUUCAAUCGUUUCCUUGGGCCCACCUUGGCUCCUUUUGCCUCGGAGAUGACCAGCGAGUUUGUCUUCCAUUUGACUCAGUUCCCGCCUAAACAGUAUGCCGCUUGUGCCUCGUUGAACUCCGUCUACCAGGUUCAAGACAUCAGCAACGCCAUGGCUGCGGAGGAGGCUGAUCGAUGGAAGGCCCUUGCUAAGGCGAAGCUCGAGGAGGAGGCUAAACAGAGGGAGGCCCAGGCAGAGGCGAAGCUUCGAGAGGAGGCCCAACAGAGGGAGGCUGAGCCAGAGGCGAGGCAUCGGGAGGCGCUGAAGGCGGAGGGUGAGGCCAGGGCUAGGCGUGAGCUUCGGGAGGCUAAGGAGGCCAUGGACGAAAUGGCUACCAAGGUAAAGUCCCUAGAGGAGUUGCACCAGGCAGACUUGCAGUCUAAGGCCAACUUAGUCGUGGAGUUGAAGGAGCUGAAGGACUUCAGAGACCAGGCCUUAAAGAAGGCUAAAAGAGAUGAGCUACUGACCCCCGUCUCCUGCAAGCACUGCGUCAAGCGAUUCGACGACGACCUUUACAUGGCCUGGCAGUCAAAUGGCCAAAGCAUCAAGCUCGACUUCUAUCCCAAGCCUGAGGAGGCUCUUGCCAAAUUCUGGGAGAAGAAGAAGAAGCUCGAUGCUAUGCUUGAAGUGCGUCGGGGCCCUCACCUUCCUCCUCGUAUCGAUUAG